AUGUUUUGUAUCUCUCCCAUUCUCUUUUGCAGAUAUGGCGGCUACUCGACACGCUUUCGGAACCGGACCCCACGGCCAACAUGGCGCUCCUCCAACUAGCGCACCGCGGCCGACAAGCGGACCCCAGAGCUCUGCACAGGGGACUUACCGGUCGCAGCCUGAGGAACCGCACCCGCACCCUCUCCAACCUCACCCCCGACCAUUCUUCUUCGUACAGCCUUCCCAGCCCUUCUACCCGUACCAGUGGCCCAUGCCCAUGCCGUACAACCCAUACUGCGGCUUCCCCGGUCUGGGUUACGGCAUGGUUAUGCCCCCGUUCCAGCCCAACCCGUACAUGGAGGCGCCCGGGUACAUAGUCCCCCAGGCGCAGCUGCACCUGGCGGACUACAGGCGGAUGGUCAACCCCCACUUCCCGCCGACCGUGGCCUACCACGCCCGGCGGUUCCGCUACCAGCAGAACGGCGCCCCCAGGGAGACCGCGAACUCGGAGGUGCAGACCGAGCCCCCGCCCCUGUCCCGGUCCGGGUCCCGCGACUCCGACCCCUGCCCGGGGAGCGACCCGCUGGUGGGGUCCGACUCGGGCCGAGGCAGCAGCUGCGCCAACGCCUCCGCUCACUCCCAGAGCACCUGCUGCGAAAAGCCGGGGCGCCUGAAUCCGGAGGCCACGCCCCCGCCGGUGCCGGCCACGCCCAUGGGUGGCUACACCUGCCGGUCGGAGGAGGUGAGGAUCGAGUGCGAGGCCUCCCCGGCGGGGCUGAAGAUAAUCCGCUCCCACGAGACCACCGCCGAGUCGCUGUCCGUGGCGGCCGCCGCCCCCGGUGGCGACCUGGUGCGCUGCGACGUCUGGUCGGUCAGCUCGGCCGAGGGGGUCAUCCCGCUGUACCGCUCGUCCGCCCACGAGGGCGACGCGGUCUCCCGGGACCCGUCCUGCCCCGCCCCGGAGGAGCAGUGCGUCGCCUCGUACCCCGACAUCCUCCUGAUGGGCGGGUCGCCGUCCCGGGGCGAGGACCUUCCGACCCCGCCCCGCGAGUGCGCGACUCUGACCGGACCGCCGGCAGCUGGUCCGGCGGGCGGAGCGGUGACGCCAGCCUGCGGCGCGUCCGAGUCGCUAGGCGACGCGGAGAGGGACCACGAGGGCCCCGUCGACGACUGCCCCGCCAACCCCGCGAAGAACGUCCACUUCAAAAUCCUCCGGCUUCCCUUCGAGAUGCAGUACCUGGACGACCUGCGCAACCUGGAGGAGUCGGUGUGGUCGGUGGAGUCGCUGAUGCCCUACGUCCCGUCCGCCGAGUGGAUGAUCCAGCAGGGCUUCAUGCAGCCCGAGAAGAUCGCCGCGGAGGUUCCCGUGGAAACCAGCGCCAGCCAAUCGGAGGCCGCCCCCGCCCUGGAGAUCAGCCAGGAAGUGGCCGUCGUGCAGGGCGGGGGCCAGCGGGAGUCCGUGUCCUCCGUGGACUCCCUGCCCCCCUACCUCCCCUCGGCUAGCUGGCUGGCCGAUUUCGGGAACGUGUACUACUACAGCAAGCUGCCCCUGCACGUCCAGGAGCAGCUGAGCAUCAUGGGCAAUCCGGCUGAUCCGCUGGUCGCCAGGAAAAAGUCCGAAAAGAAGUCGAGCGGUCAGCGCGCGGUCGCGGUGCCGGCCGCCCCCAAAAAACGGGAGGAGAAGCACAGGCGCGCCCCGAAGCUGGAGAGGAGGGAGAGGGGCAGGAGCGCCCUCGUCCCGGGCGACGAGGGGCCGCAGAACUGCGCCGGCUGUUUGAACAGACGGAACGUUCCCGCCAGCCUCAAACCCGCGGCGGGCCCGACUGUGAAAAGGCACCGGGUGUCCCCGCCCCCGCCCCCGUCCCCUGGCGGUUCCCCGACGGGGCAGACCUGCCUGGCCUGCGGCUUCUGCGGGGCGAGGCCCGUCAGGAAGAGGCGUGGCCCGGAGGUCCCGGUCCGAAACACGGAGGAGGGCGAGGUGGAGGACGAGGCGGUGGAGAACAGGGCCCACCCCGCCGCCCCGAAGCAGCCGGGCGGGGGGGAGCGCGGGAGGGCCGGCGUCCCCGCCGCCGAAGACGACGGCGGCCGCCGCCCGGCCCCCUCCCGGCGGCAUGUGGAGUCGUGCUCCGCAGCGCAGUGCUCCAAGCUCCGGGAGCUCAACUGCUCCUGCGAGGAGCCCCAGCGGGGCCCCAGCCGGGACGCGCCGAGGCGGGGCCACACCGACGCCGCCAAGGACGGCGGCGAGAUUUCGGCCCCCGCGGCCCCUGUCACGGAGAGGUUGAAGACUGUGGAGCAGCGGUGCCUCACGCAGAAACUGCAGACCGAGAGGUCAUGGAGGGCCACCAUGGCUGUUCAUGACAGAGACAGCUGUGAGAACGGAUCGAGGCAGAGGAACGUGAACAAGCCAAAGAAGGUGCUUGCUCAGAUGCAAGAGAGGCAGCAGUGCAAGAUGUCGAACAAGACUAUUGCUCAGCGGCCACUGAACCCCGAUUUUGUUGAACCUAUUGAAGGAUACUACACCAGGUCAAGUUGGACCAAAGGUACGCACAGACGAGACACCAGGUACUGAUUCUCACUGAAGCACCAACAACCAAUGAAAUGGAAGCACUUUCCUCCAUCAACACUAUUUAUAAACUUGAUGCACAAAGCACUUUUUUAAAAGAGAUACUGAAUAAACACAUUUUUUGAACAAAA